AUAUGCAAAGAUGAUAGUAGAUUGUGACGAUUGUGGCAAACAAAUCGAUUUAAAUCAGUCAUCAAUUUCCAAGCCUUCUUCGUCAAAUUCUUCGGACCAUAUUGUUGAAUUAUGGUGGUGUAGGGAUUGUAUAUCGACUGUUUGCAAACAAUGUCACCUACUUAAAGGACACAGUGAGCAUCGGAGCAACGAAUGGAAAGAGCAGGAAGUUUUGAGAAGUUGCGUGCAAUCCUUAGAAGGGAGAUGCUCUCGACGGAGCGAGGUUGCACAUCAACAAAAAGUAGCUGUAAAGCAGCUGGUUGCCAAAAUUGAAGUGAUAUUAUUAAAUGAACUAUCUGGUUAUGUUGAACGAAGAAAUGAACCGGAUCGUCGUUUGAUAUCUCGACUAAAUCGAGAAUUGAUAAAUAUUGAUUCAAAAGACGACCGUCCUUCGAUUUAUCAUGUUCCUUCACCUUCCAGACCUGCUUGGAAAACUUGGAAUCUUGAUGUUUCAGAUCCAAAAAAAAUGCAGAAGGUUCUGGAUAUGACAGCAGAUAUAAUGAGAUUACCAAGGCACUCGGUCGCUGAUUCCGAUGUUCCAGAAAUGAAAAGUUCAACAGAUUGGGAUGCCCGAUUAAUGAGCUUAUUCAUUUGUGAAAGUAUUGGAAUUGUACCGAUUCAAGUAAAUGAUGCUCGUAGUGAUAUAAUGUCAGUGACAGAAGAUAGAAGACGUGGCUGCAGUGUCGACUCAUCAGUGUCCCGAUUUGUUAGAGAAGGACCAUAUGUGAGCUCAUUCCGAGAAAAGUCGAUUCCACUGGAAGAGGCUCCACGUCUAGGAUCAGCUUCAUCGAGCAGUAUAUGUACAGUUGACACACGUCCAUCCAAUGUAUCAUCACUUCCACCACUUACUGAUUAUAACUCUCAUGCAAGCAGUAUUUUAAGUUCCUCAAUCACUCCAACACCACGUGAGGAAGACGAGACGUCAUUUUGUUUCGGAAGAAGUUACCUGACUCGUCCGAUUUGCGUCGAGGCAUUCAGCACGCAAUCAAGGCCAAAUAAAUUAGCGGUGACGGAUAGUUGUGGAGGGGUCUACAUUACUAACUCUCAUGGGGAAAUCGAACAGAAUAUACUUAUCAAAAACUCGUCGGCUAGUUCGGUUUGUGUUGAUGAGAAGAAUGAACUGAUGUACGUAAGUGUUAUGCAAUCAAAGGGACGAUCAAUCCACGUAUUUGACGUCGCUUCAAAUUGUCGAAAAGUGGAAGUGAUCGCUUGUCCACGUGAUCCAAAAAUUGAGAUGAGCAGGACCCGGUGGAUUACUGUAGGACCGAGAGGUCACCUAUUUAUGACAAGUGGAGACAAUGUGAAGAGUGCGUUAUGGACUUAUAUUCGAAGCAAGAAAGCUUGGAAAUUAUUGAAAGAAUCGAGAAAAUCUAGAUAUCAAUAUUUAACUGUUGCCGAGGAUCAAGCUGAUUAUAAAGCAGUAGUAUUAUUAACAUGUGAUGCUGCCAACAAUCGUCUUCUCCUUUUUGUGAUUGAUCAUUCAAUGAGCUUAAUCAAUGAAUAUGAUUUGAGCAAAACAUAUCGGCUCAAUGAGCAUAUCCAGUCACCUGCAUCUGCAAUUGUUGAUAAGAAUGGAAAUUUACUAAUCCUUGACUACGCUAGUGGAAGACUUUGGAUUCUUCUGUCCGGUGUAAAAGGGGUCCGCCGCCUGAAACAAGUGCCUUUGCCAGACAUCGUGAGACCCCAAGAGGCUCUUGGAAUCUGUACUAGAGGUGAUGUUCUCUACUUGGCUUUAUUCAAUCGUCGUGAAAUACUCUGUACACGAUAUUUGGACGAUGGAGUAUUUAAACCAACAGCUGCAACUGGAGUCUCAUCUUCUCCAGUACAACAACGACGAAGCAGUAGUCUUCCGAGAAGUUCAUGAACUGGUCUGAAGUAGAGUUUCCUUUUAUCAAAGGGAAAAUUUCAGUCUACAAUACUUUUUUUGGGAUUUCAACACGAGCUUAUAGGCAUCAUAUUGUUUGUCUUGACGGGAUUUUUCUUUCUUAUGAAUCGCUUGAACUAAUCAUUUUCUAUGUGCCUUUCUAACUUAUGCAAUAAAUUGUUUAUUUGAA